AUGACUUACGUUCCACCAGCACUUCGAGAACUUGCAGAGCAGGCUGCGAAUCUGAGGCGAUCAAAGAGAUGCGUGAAACUUUCGUCCCAAUUCUGCCAGCUGCUAGUGCUAGUGCUGAUCAACAGGGAGAUUCGCCGCCAGUCUCCUGAGAAAUGCAACGUAGGAACGCAAACUUCCAGUGAUAUUUCUGAAGAGGAUGAAAGUGUACUUCCAAUAUGUCGUCUGAUUGCUUCCUGCGACUCUUAUCCUUCCUCCUCACACAUGCAGGAUCAACUGAAGCGACUGCUCACUUGUGCCAAGCAUGAGCAAAGAAGCACCGUAAUCGAUACAGCGGUGGUGCGUUUCUUGAAGGAAUGCCAACAACACUUUUCUGAUGCUGCAGAACAUGCCAGACAAGAAUUGAGAGCAAUUUGUGAUGAUAAAGAGUUUCUUGAAAAGAAGAUG